CUCUACUCUGCAGAGCAAAUUAAAGGAAAGUUUAAUAAAAGCUUCUCAAUUUCUUCACUGUAAUGGCUUCUUCUUCUUCAAAAAUCCACCUCUUCAAGAAAUCAGCAAUUGAAGCUGGGACUUCUGAAGAUUACUAUCUGAAUCCAUCGGAUAACUUGAUGAAGAUGGUGUCUGAAUGGAGAGUCAUUGAACAUGAAGAUGUUCUUGUUGUGACAAUCAAUAUGUAUGGCUUUGGUAAUGGACUUUUGAUUGAGGUAAAAGAAAAGUUUAUAAAUUUUGAAAUAACACAAGAAAACAAGGAAAAGGCUGCUCGUUUUGAACACAAGGAUGGGAUGAAGAAGUUUAGCAUUGAGAUGAAUCCAAAGUUCCUCAACUUAGAACGUUGAGGAACUCAAGUUGAAGAAGUAGAAUGUUGUCUGAUCUGAUCUAGUAGUGUAAGGGGCAUGGAGGGUGGUCUUGUCUUUUGGUUUUAAAGUUUGUUGCUGCUUCUCAGUUGAUGUUUCUUCCUAGUUUUUUCAUUUUCUUUGAGAUUUCAGUUUCUAGGAGUUGUGGUAGUUGUUUUGAGAUUGGCAUUAUGAUGAUCAGGAGCUCAUAAUAUAUCAUCAAUCUGUAUCAUCACAAACAACUAACAGUAUCUAUGUUUGAUUAUGAGUAAAAUCCUUCCA